AACAAGAAUGACAUAAGCAUGAGCAGGAGAGCAGCCACCCACUUUCUUCCUUCUCUAAACGCCAAACACCUUCUAAUUAGGAAUUGCCUCCUUUCGCCCUUCCCCGGCCCUACUAUAAUUAUGAUCCGCACUCCUUCCCUCCUCCGCCGUCCCUUCUUCUCCUCCUCCUCUUCCCCGCCGCCGCCCAGUUCCUCCUGCAUCCUCCCUCCUCCUUCGCUUCUCCGCCCUCACCUCAUUUCCACUCCAAUCUCUCUCCGCUGCUCCGCCGCUGACUCACGCUUGCCGCCGAAUCGAGAAAUGGCUACAGCUGACAACCAGCAGGAUCCUCGCCUCGCCGGAAUCGCUUCCGCGAUUCGAGUUAUUCCCGACUUCCCCAAAGCAGGGAUUAUGUUUCAGGAUAUAACGACGCUCCUUCUGGACGUGAAGGCGUUCAGGGAUACUAUCGAUUUGUUCGUCGACCGGUACAAGGACAAAGGCAUCUCCGUCGUCGCUGGUAUUGAAGCAAGGGGGUUCAUAUUUGGCCCUCCAAUUGCAUUGGCCAUUGGCGCGAAGUUUGUCCCGUUGAGGAAGCCCAAGAAGCUACCUGGAGAGGUUAUAUCGGAAGAGUACUCUCUGGAAUAUGGCACGGACAAGAUCGAAAUGCAUGUUGGUGCUGUACAAGCUGGUGAACGUGCACUGAUAGUUGAUGAUCUCAUAGCAACUGGUGGGACAUUGACUGCUGCAAUCAGGCUCCUAGAGCGUGUUGGGGUUGAAGUUCAUGAGUGCGCUUGUCUCAUGGAGCUGCCUGAGCUGAAGGGUCGUGAUCGUCUGGGAGACAAGCCUUUGUUUGUCCUUGUGCAAUCUUCUGUUGAUGCACAUGAUUAUCAUUAGAGAUCUCUCAUCAGAAAGAAAGAUGGGGAAGGGGUGGUGAAGUAAAAGGAUCGAGUUGGAUCGCAGAGUAAAAGAGGUUUGCUUUAAGAAUAAACGAUUUGGCUAUGCGUUUGAUGAUUUUUCGGUAAACACGGUUAAUUGGUGAAAGGUUUCUAUUGGGAUGUGCGAGGCAGAUUUGAAGUUAACAUUGUUGAUUGAACAGAAAGAAGGGCUGGAUGAAUUAGGAGAGGCAGCCGGUUUGAUAGUAUCGUCUUGUAUCUUAUUAUCAUACCGCUGUUUCAAGGAAGUAGGGCAGAACAGGCUGCUUGUUGUAUCAAGUUCAUAUAUAUAUAUAUUAUUAGAUGCUUGGCUCAUCUCUUAGACACUGCAAUCUUU